AUGCUUAAUGAUCACACUGAACUCCACGUUUUUACCAGGGAUACCAUUACUGCAAGAAGUUUCGAACAAACAAAUCUUACGUUUUCAAUACAGAAUGUAAAUAGUUUGAAAAUAAGCAUUGAAUUCAAUGCUGUUCCAAAAGAAUUCAAUACGGGACCAAAGAUGAUAAAGAAUAAGAAGAAAGCAAAAGCUGAACAACGAGUGACAAUGAUGGCAGCAGCUAUGGUAGUUUGUACUCUAACUGCUUGGACACCUUACGCAGUGGUAUCAUUAAUGGUAACUACAGGAUAUUCCCAUCUCAUAGGUCCCAUAGCGUCAGUAGCACCGGCCAUAUUCGCCAAAACUAGCGUUAUAUACAAUCCAAUUGUAUAUUUCUUCUUAAAUACUCAAGUUAAUAAAUCUCUUAAGAAAAAGUUUCAAAGAAGGUCUAUAAGAGAGAGAAAUGAAGAUUUUUCUGUAACUACUAAUUAUUUUUAUACAGUGGAUAGCAUCAAGCCAACUGUAGCAGUAGCAACGAGUGUUCCAAUUAAAUCCAAGAAAUCUCUCAAAACUGACACUUCUAAAGUUUAAAUAAAUAUUAAAUAUAAAGUAAAAUUAAAUAAAAAAAUAUA